AUGUCCGCUGAUAUCAUGGCCCUCGCGCCUCAAGGCCUUGACCACCAGGCCCUUGCGUCGCCUUUGAUGUCUUCAGCAAUGCUAGAUGAUCACCCUUUUCUCUCUCAUCUCGUCGCUCUGCUCUCCGUCUAUGAACUGCCGCCGACAAUGCAUACACUUCCCCCCGCGGCUACAUCUUCCAAUGAACAAGCAACUCAGACAGUCUCAACCAACCAUCUAAACUCGUCUACAGCACCCGUUGGACGCACUCCCGGUAUCCCCACCCCACGAUACGAUGGCCCGCGCACGGCACAGACCGACGCGAUUGAACGCAGCGUAAACCUCAUCGCGAGCAGGAUGAGAAGUGCAGAAGAGACGCUCGGAUGGACACACCCUUGGCUCGCGCCUCCGCUCAUGGACCAGUACAUGAAGAGUGUACAAGCGAGUGAGGACGAUACAACGCCCACCACGACCGCAAGUACAGCGUCUACAAACUCUGCAGUCAACGAGCCUUCUCAGGAAAUAAACCCCUUUACAGUGGCUUUACAAGCGCCUACGCCAGUCUCUGUGAUCUCCCCAACCUCUAAACAGUCGCGAGCUCCGUCGCCCAUGCAAAUUUCACUUCAGGGGAUCAACAACAAUGCCCGAAAUCAGCCACCCCAAGGCGGCAUUCAAAGCCCCACCACCGAACACCGUUCUCCGCAUUCACCGUAUCCAUGCCCUAUGUGCCGUCGGCCCCUGGCCCGUGGCAUCUCAGCAUCGACUUCGAGCGCGCAUACGAUAUUGCCCUCCCCCAACGGAUCCCCACUCGUCGUUCCACCUGGUCCCCUCAGCACCGCCGCAUUUGAAUCUGGAUUGAGCGCCGUCGAGGAAUUGCGUUUGCUCAAGGCGCAGGUUCAGGAUGUCGCCCGGGUGUGUAAAGCCGUCGCGGACGGUGACCUCACGCAAAAGAUAGAGGUCGGCGUCCAGGGACCCGUUAUGGUUCAGCUCAAGGAUGUUAUCAAUACCAUGGUCGACAAGCUUGGUCAAUUUGCACAAGAAGUGACGCGUGUUAGCUUGGAAGUCGGCACGGAAGGUAUUCUCGGAGGACAAGCUCAUGUCACUGGCGUUGAAGGCACUUGGCAAGAGUUGACAGAUGUCGUCAAUCGUUUGGCGGCCAAUCUUAGUACCCAAGUGAGGAGUAUCGCCAUUGUCACGACGGCCGUCGCUCGGGGAGACUUGAGUCAGAUGAUUGAAGUCGACGCAAAGGGUGAAAUUCUUGCUCUCAAGAAUACGGUCAAUUCAAUGGUAUUGCGGUUGCGUAAUCUCGCGGCCGAAGUUACUCGUGUCACACUCGAAGUCGGUUCUCAAGGCAAAUUGGGAGGAAGUGCUCAGGUCAACGAUGUCGAGGGUGUUUGGUUGGAUCUUACAACGAAUGUCAAUCGCAUGUGCUAUAACCUCACAAAUCAAGUGCGAUCCAUCGCCGAAGUCACGACCGCUGUCGCCAAGGGUGAUUUGAGAAAGAGUGUAGAGAUCGAGGUUGAAGGUGAACUUGCGACCCUCAAAGACACCGUCAACUCUAUGGUUUCCCAGCUUCGAACUUUUGCGGCCGAGGUGACCAGAGUGGCGCUCGAAGUCGGCACAGAGGGCAUUCUCGGCGGUCAAGCCACAGUCGAAGGUGUACAGGGAGUUUGGGCCGAUUUGACGACCAACGUAAACAACAUGGCCCGAAACUUGACCAACCAAGUCCGUUCGAUUGCAGAAGUCACCACUGCUGUGGCAGAUGGUGAUUUGAGCAAGAAGGUCAUGGUCGACGUCCGUGGUGAGAUGCUGGAUUUGAAGAAUACGGUCAAUAGCAUGGUUACUCGGCUUCAUAUCCUUGCAAACGAAGUCACACGUGUAUCGCUCGAAGUCGGUACAGAAGGUAUUCUUGGCGGUCAAGCCAAGGUUCCCGGCGUCGAAGGAAUGUGGAAGGUGCUCACCGACAAUGUCAAUCUGAUGGCCUCCAAUCUCACGACGCAAGUGCGCUCGAUUGCUGCGGUGACGACUGCCGUCGCACGAGGAGACUUGACGAAGAAGAUUACCGUCGACGUCAAGGGCGAGAUUCUCGCUCUCAAGGAAACUGUCAAUUCGAUGACGGAGAGUUUGAGCGUCUUUGCCGCAGAGGUAACGCGUGUUGCGAAAGAAGUCGGAACGGAUGGUAUCCUUGGAGGUCAAGCAAGUGUCGAAAACGUUGCUGGAACGUGGAAGGAUUUGACGGACAAUGUCAAUACCAUGGCAUCCAAUCUUACGCAACAAGUCCGAGCUAUUGCGCUUUCAACGCGAGCUGUCGCCGCUGGUGAUCUCACCCGCAAGGUUGAGGGCCUUCAAGUGUCUGGAGAGAUGCUCGACCUUGUCAACACCAUUAACACCAUGAUCUUCCAACUCGGCAUCUUUGCUGCAGAAGUAACGCGUGUCGCUCGCGAGGUUGGAACAGAAGGUAAGUUGGGUGUUCAAGCCGAGGUGGCAAACUUGCGCGGUACCUGGCAAUCCAUCACGAUGUCGGUGAAUACGAUGGCGGCCAAUUUGACGUCGCAAGUGCGCGGUUUCGCUCAAAUCUCUGCUGCUGCUACAGAUGGUGACUUUACUCGAUUCAUUACCGUCGAGGCGUCGGGAGAGAUGGAUUCGCUCAAGACGCAGAUCAAUCAGAUGGUAUUCAACCUCCGUGAAUCGAUUCAAAAGAAUACGGCGGCUCGUGAGGCGGCUGAGCUUGCCAAUAGGAGCAAGAGCGAGUUCUUGGCCAAUAUGAGUCAUGAAAUCAGAACUCCGAUGAACGGUAUUAUCGGCAUGACGGAGCUCACCCUGGACUCGGAUCUUACUCGAAGCCAGCGAGAGUCUCUCCUCCUCGUCCACAGCCUUGCGCGGUCCCUGCUUCUCAUUAUCGAUGACAUUCUUGAUAUUUCAAAGAUUGAAGCCGGCCGCAUGACGAUGGAGCAAGUUUCGUAUUCGACGCUUGUCGUGCGCGCAUCGCAGAAUAACCUCGACUUGACGUACGAUAUGGAUCCGGAUAUCCCCGAUCAGCUUAUUGGUGACUCGCUCCGUCUUCGCCAAGUUAUCACCAAUCUGUUGGGCAAUGCCAUCAAGUUUUCGCCUUCCAAACAUCAUUGCAAGGGGCACGUCAGUCUCAGCUGUCGUCUCAUUGCAAUUGAUGAGACGUGUGUGACCCUCGAGUUUUGCGUAUCCGAUACCGGCAUUGGCAUUGCCAAGGACAAGUUGAACCUCAUCUUUGACACCUUCUGUCAAGCCGAUGGAUCGACUACUCGAGAAUAUGGUGGCACUGGGCUUGGACUGUCAAUCUCGAAGCGACUGGUAUCGCUUAUGCAAGGCAAUAUGUGGGUCGAGUCGGAGCUCGGAAGAGGAUCCAAGUUCUUCUUCACUGUCACAUCUCAGCUCUCCGACUCGCCAAUGGAGCAAAUUCUCCUCAAGGUUCAGCCGUACACUGGCCGUCACGUCCUCUUCGUCGACACUCUUGGGGACAUGACGAAUGUCAGCGAACAAAUCACAAAACUCGGUCUCGUGCCCUAUGUCGUACACGACGUCCAGAAGCUCUUGGAGAGUCUGCAUGUGACAGAGGUGCUGAGGGAAAUGGAACACCUACGAUAUAUUCCAGUUGUGCUCAUCGCACCAUCGAUACCCCGCCUGAACCUCAAAUGGUGUCUGGAUAACUCCAUUUCGUCGCACCUUACGACACCAGUGUCACUGCCCGACCUCGCUGCCGCUCUCGUCGCAGCUUUGGAAGCGAACAGCGUCAACCCACCGGUCACCAGCACCGAUACAUCAUUUGAUAUUCUGCUUGCAGAGGACAAUUUAGUCAAUCAACGGUUGGCCGUUAGGAUUCUAGAAAAGUAUGGCCAUACGGUGGAGAUUGCAGAAAACGGUAGUGUGGCUCUCAACAAAUUCAAGGAGCGAUGGCAACGUGCUGGAAAUCGCUUCGAUGUCAUUUUGAUGGAUGUCUCGAUGCCGUUCAUGGGUGGAAUGGAAGCUACCGAACUUAUUAGAGCGUACGAAGCCGAACAUCAUCUAGAGAGGACCCCCAUUAUUGCCUUGACGGCGCAUGCUAUGAUCGGUGAUCGUGAGCGCUGUCUGCAGGCAGGCAUGGACGAUCACAUUACAAAGCCGCUUCGACGGGCAGAUUUGCUCAACGCCAUUACGAAACAAGUCGGCCACAAAGAUGCACGGGUAUCCUAA